AUGGCGGGCAUUCUUACCUAUCUUCAGUACUUCCUUGGACGGCUUCUCUAUCGCAUUCGCGGUCACGAUGCGGGACAGAUCAUUCGAACAAAGGCAUUUAAUCAUCUUCCUCAGUCCAACAUGCAACUAGAGGCCACGGAGUGUGGACCCUCGGGCUCCCCCAUGCUCCCACACCACACUUGUCUAGCCGCGGACAAGAAGGGUAGCGUCCCGGAAUUACGCUGGACGCCUCCUCCGAAGGUAGAGGUCAGGGAGUAUGUCUUGAUCUCGGAAGACAUUGAUCCUCCCAUCCCUUGCUUCGUGGUCAUGCAUGGACUGUUCUACGCGAUCCCACCGUCGACCACCAACCUGCUCCCUGAAGAUAUCGAAGAUGACCAAAGAACGAAAGAUUAUGUCACUCAGUCUGGCUGGAGAUACGUUCCUAAUAUUCUUGGAAAUUCAUAUAUUGGCCCUGCACCUCCCUUGGGCCACGGCAUGCAUCGAUACAUCUUUACCAUCAUUGCUCUCGGUGAGUCUCUUCGGUUCGACCGCCCAGAGCGCGUCAGCAAGGCGCAGAUCAAAGAUGCGAUAGCUGGCAAAGUUGUCGGAUGGGGUCAGUGGAUCGGACACUUUGAACGACCCUGGCCCAACUAG